CAUCAAUCACACUAUUAUAGCUCUCAGCAAUCAUCACUCAAAAAUCUAUGGCGAUUUUCUCCAGAACCAAACGUGUCACUGAUCCACUUGACGACGACGCGAAGGCUCGGAUCUUGAGCAGCCACAGUUACAUCCUAGACCAAGAUUCUCCUCGACUCUGCGAGCUCGUACACGGGUUUCUUGAGGAUGGUCCUGAAGAGUCAUUCUACGACUCUGACCCCGACCUGUCUGAGACUUCUUCAGCUGAACAUUCUGGUGAAGCUAGUGUGGAGAUCGUGAGAAUGGCGGUGAGCUUCUCCGAUUCCGAUCCUUACCGGAAUCUAUUGCUAGCUCACGUUUUGAGAGCCGUGGAGGUAUAUUCCGGUUUUAGGUCAAGGAACAAAACUGUUUUCCGGGAUAAGGUAGCUUCGUUUCUGCGAGAGCUUGGUCACGACGCCGCGGUUUGUGUAUCAAAAUGGACCUCUUCAUCCAAACUCAUCGCUGGGAGUUACCAUUUCAUUGACGUCGUUCACAAGCCGUCAGAUAAUGAUCAGAAGGCCGUCCGUUACUUGGUUGAUCUAGACUUUGCUUCGGAGUUCGAGAUCGCAAGGCCAACGCGCGAAUACACGCGUGGGCUGCAGCUGCUGCCUAACGUUUUCGUAGGAAAUGAAGAGAAUCUAAGGACGAUCGUGAGAGAGUCAUGCGACGCGGCGAAGCGAUCAAUGAAGAGCCGUGGCUUGUCUCUUCCACCGUGGCGGAGAAGCUCUUACUUACAGCAUAAGUGGUUUGGUCCGUACAAAAGAAAGGUGGGAUCUAGUUUGGGAGUGAAGCCGUUGAAUAGUGACGCCGUUAGUUGCCGAUCUUUAGGGUUUGAUGACGGCGCCGUCAAUACUCGUUUGUUCAUCAGGGCAUGAUCCAUAUGCAUGUGGUAUGAAGUAGACUAGUAUAAAGUGUAGGCGAAUAGCUGGAGACUACACUUCUUUUUAUUCAAUCUGACUGACUAUGUAUGUUCUCGUUUAAUAUUAAAAAAAAAGAUUUGUUCUAAAUCAGUAACUUAAAGACUAAUAGAGGUCAAACUAUUAAUCAGUAUCUUAUCAUUAAUUAGACCAAAAUGUAAAAUACUUAAAUGUAUCAAUCAACCUGG